CGGAGGGGGCUUCAGCCCCCCCCAAGUUUGGUUCUGAGUAGGACAGUCGAAAGUGGGUUGACCAGACGCAAGUGUCGGAGUUCGACAGUCGUACGGCUUUCAGUCGAGUAGUGUUUGGUGUAGUUCGAACCCCAGCGAAUCGCCUGUGAGUCGUGGUUCGGGACAGAGUCUGGAAGAAGGAUAAAUCGCCUUUGUGUUCCCUACCAACGUGAGGCCUCCCUUAUUACUCCCGUUUCCUAACCAUUUCCUCAUUUACGGUACAAUAAAUCAUGCGCCUUCGUUAACCUUUCCUUGUUAACGCACCUUCAAUCUCCGUUCGGAACCCGGAUCAACUUAGAGAAGUUAAUUCUCAAGGCGUCAUUGGAUCGAGUACAGGCUAAAACGCUUCUGCCGUGUUUUGAAGUUUCUCAUAUGAUCCCGCAUCUUACAUACCCAACGAACACGCUACCUCUCUGUCGUCAGCAUAGCCGACCACCACGGACCUGAUCGCACCCCAUAGUGAGUAUUCGCUGCAAAAUACGCCACUGCGUAGGAGCUAUUAACUUUACCUUGACCUUCAUGCUCGGCCCAGAAGGGUUUCGGUAUUUCGUCUCUCACGGUCAGUCGAGAAUGGUGACGGGAGAACCCCACUCCAGGGUUCACCACUCCCUGGUUCGGAUGGGGAGGGACACGAUUGGUACGAUAGGAUCAGAGUUGUGGAGUCCCGUUGAAAAAAGAACCCCGAGACGAUAAGGCUUCCAUGCCGAAACGGAAAUUCUAACCACCUUGAUGAAACCAUGGCUACGCCAGUGUCGACUGCACUCGUCUGACCCAGGGCGAAUCCGGUUGUCGUCACUUGAUGCAGCGGCCAGAUUAGACGAGACAAGCUGUGGGUCAGCGAUGCGUAGUGGAACGUCAGCGCGAUGCCUCGUCCUUCCUGUUUUCGCAUCCUGUCCUCGUUCGGAGUCCUGUGGCUGUGUCGAGGUCAAGGACUAGGGGAACGAUGUACGCCGAGUCCAGGGAAAGUGGGCGAAUGCGUGAAGAUACAGGACUGUCCCGAGGUAUUAUCAGAAUUCCAAGUCAAGCGAAUCCGCCCCACCAUCUGCUCCAUCGAAUACUCCGGUGUGCCCAUCGUCUGUUGCAAACUCACUCCCACACCUCUCGACUCUUGGUCUUCCCCGCCUUCUUCGGGGAAUGGAAUCCGUAAAAGUCAGGCCAAAUGUGAGGAGUACAGAAGGACGUUGGAGAAGUUCGGCGUCAAAACGUGCUACCACAAUCCGCAAGGACUGAUCGUCGGUGGAACUGCAGCCGACCCCUUGGAGUUCCCGCACAUGUUGACAGAGGUGAGACUAGGAGAGCACGAUCUCGAGAGCUCAGAGGAUGCUGCUGCUCCGGAGGAUUACCGCAUUAUUCAAGUCAUCCUCCAUCCUAAGUGGAACACACGCCAGCUUCCGAUUAAAUAUUAUGAUGCGGCCCUGGUGCGAUUGGAUCGUGAGGUUUCUGUUCGACCCAUCAUUCAUCCAGCAUGUCUUCCAACUCAUGAAAACAUCCCAUCAUCACAAAGUGGAGGAGAGAACCUCGUAGUAACUGCAGGAUGGGGAACAACUUCUUUUGGAGGACAAGUGAGCAGUAUCCUGCAGAAGGUCAACAUUCCCCUGAUAGAGUCCUCUCGAUGCGAGAACUUGAUGUCUCGUUUUCCAUUCCUGCUACGAGGCUACCCUGAAGGUGUGGAAGGUAGAGUCCUCUGUGCUGGAACUGACUCUGGAGGCAAAGAUUCAUGCCAGGGAGACUCAGGUGGUCCACUGAUGAUUCCUCGUGCUCGAGACAGUUGCCAGUAUUUUGUACUGGGUGUUGUGUCAAGUGGCAGUGGGUGUGGGGCUGCAGGUAUCCCAGCUUUCUACACUCAGGUCUCUGCAUACUUGGAUUGGAUUGAGGGAGUAGUCUGGAACUCAGAUCCAUGACACUAGGUAAAGUAUCAUGAACUUGCAUGAUAUCAAGUCCAAGAAAAUGAUAAUCCAUGCAAUAACAGCAAUUAAAAAGUUUUCAUUCCAAAACUCUGGUUAUCAUCAAUAUACAUAUUCAAAAUAACAUUUUCAGGAUAUUUUUCUUUCACUUUUUUCAAUGCUGUUGCCAUAGUCAUAGACUCAUUAAAAAGUAAAGCGUACAUAUGGAAAAAUGCAAAAAUCAGCUUCAGGUUGAUUGGGUCACAAAAAGCCAAAUAAUUUAGGGUAUUAUUUUUCGUUGCACUUGAGAUCGUGAUUUAAUGACUGGAGGAACAGAUAUUUGUCAUUUAGGCUGGUAUGCCUUGAAUUGGGAAUAAAAGCAUGAACAUAUGGCAUAUCACUAAA